AUGGAAUUUUAUCCUCCAAUGUUUUAUAUUAUUUCUAAACUGCAUAAAAAUCCUAUAACAAGCUAUCCUAUUACUCCAAGUCAUUCUUGGAUAACUAGUGAUAUUUCAAAUUUGGCUAUAGGAAGUUCAGUUUUACCUGUAGCAGCUAAUUUGUAUAUGGCUAAGAUUCUUAUCAAUGCUUUUGGUGAUGCUAAUAACAUAAUAUUUAAUAAUAUUAUAUACAUUAGGUCAUAUAUCAAUUAUGUUUUCGCAAUUAUGACUGACUCAUAUAGUUGUGAAUUCAUGGCUAAUAGAAUAAGUAAUACUGCCUUUCCAUCAGGUUUUAUUUUAGGAGGUACUACAGCAAAUAAGGUAUCGUUUCUUGAUUUAAAUUUAGAAACUUGUCUUAUGUUGUCAGAAAGUAGAAGUGCUUAUAGAGAUAUCCAAGGUGAAAAUAUUCGCCUAAUCUGGAAUUCAGAUAACUUCGAUGCUUAUAAUCAAGCACUAAAGGAAUUUAAGUACUUCUUAAGUAAUCAAAAAUAUCCUAUAGUUGAG